AUGGAUUAAAAAGCUACGUAUAGAACAAGUACUCGUAGAUCAACAGUGCAAGUUGGUGGAAGCCCUUCAAACAUGUAUAGACCAGAAUAUUGUAAUUACGAAAUAUUAUGA